AUGGGGAACCAGCUCUCUGGCAGGGUGGUGGACACCUAUGGUGUAGACGUCUGGAUUGGAAACAUCACGAGAGACACCACCCAUGGUGCAGGCCCCCUGAGGCUGCCCGAGAGUGGCAAGAAGAAAAACAAAAACUUUAGCACCCCAGAACCAGGAACCCAGUCGCCCCUCCUGCAGUGUCCCUCAACUGAAAAAACAUUAACACUGUGCCCGCUGCAAAGAAUUCUUAAAGCUUCAUUAUCACAGAGCAGGUUCAGCUGGGGGUACGGCGAGCACAACGGUCCUAUUCAUUGGAAUCAAUUUUUCCCUAUUGCUGAUGGGGAUCAGCAGUCUCCGAUUGAGAUUAAAACCAAAGAAGUGAAAUAUGACUCUUCCCUCCGACCUCUUGGUAUCAAGUAUGAUGCAAGCUCAGCCAAAAUCAUCAGUAAUAGUGGCCAUUCCUUCUGUGUUGACUUUGAUGACACAGAGGACAAAUCAGUUCUGCGUGGGGGUCCGCUCACUGGAAGCUACAGGUUACGCCAGUUUCACCUUCACUGGGGAUCCGCUGACGAUCACGGCUCUGAACACGUGGUGGACGGAGUGAGAUACGCUGCAGAGCUCCACAUCGUUCACUGGAAUUCAGACAAAUACCCCAGCUUUGUUGAGGCAGCUCACGAGCCGGAUGGAUUAGCUGUCUUGGGAGUAUUUUUACAGGUUGGUGAACAUAAUUCUCAGCUUCAAAAGAUUACUGACAUUUUGGAGUUGAUCAAAGAAAAGGGUAAACAAACUCGAUUCACGAAUUUUGACCCGUUAUCUCUGCUUCCUCCAUCCUGGGAUUACUGGACGUAUCCUGGUUCCCUUACAGUCCCGCCUCUUCUAGAGAGCGUCACGUGGAUCGUUUUAAAACAGCCUAUAAGCAUCAGCUCUCAACAGCUGGCCACAUUCCGAACCCUCAUGUGCACAGGGGAGGGCGAAGCGGCAGCUUUUCUGUUGAGCAAUCACCGUCCACCGCAGCCUCUGAAGGGUCGAACAGUGAGGGCCUCUUUCCACUGAAAGUUGUCACCGGUAGCCCACCGCAAACGUGUCUGCGGAGAGAAAACAAAACAAACACAAGCAUCCCUACCAGCGGGUCUUUCCUAGGAUGCUCAUUUCCGGGUGCCGUUUCGCUAUCAGCUUCAGCACACGAAGAAGAUCCGAUCUUUUAUAUCAAACUAACUGAAGUCAUCUGUGUCGGAUUUGCACUCUGGCAUCCAAUCUGUAAAUGUUGUUUGAUGCGUCUUAAAACCCAUGAAAUGUAUCUGCUUCAAGCUGCGUGACAACAGGGCGCCCGCUGCAAACCCCAGGAUGUAUUAAACGUGUUCCCUCGCCCUGGAAACUGAUCAGUCACGACUCUCAGCGACGUUUGGUGAAAAACUUAAACUCAUUCCCAGGGCGAUACGAUUGUGAUACGUUUUUCCAAACAAGUGACUCAGCUUAAUAUCUUGAUGUCAUUACAAACCAUAGAAAGUAGGUAUUUCCUUUUAAGAUGAAUUUUCAUGUGGGUUGUGUUGCUGAUUCUCGUGGCAUGACACCUUUAAUAAAAGGAACAAAAUGAGAGCUAUGGGGGGUGGAAUGUAGUGAAUUAAAGCAUCACCCCACAGCUCAAGAUAACUUAAUACAAUCCUGGUGAGGGAUUCCCCAGGAUAUAAAUGGCUAUUUAAACUUUAAUGAUUUAUGCUGUCUGUAUCAUUUACUCAAUAAUGUUAAUGAUAAACUGGCAGAUAAUUGAUCAGACACAAUGGCUGCCGAUUUGUGGCAUUAACAUGGUCUGAAACUAGCAGAUUGUAGGGUACCAUGCAGGCAGAGCUCCCCAAGGGCAUGAAGAACAGGUUGCCUAAUUUUGCCCUGUGUUUUGGCAGCAGAGCAGGGAGCAGUCCUGUGAAGGUCAUUGUUCUGUCAGUCGGUGGGGGAAGAUGACUUGAAUCGCAUACAUUAUAAUCAGUCCACAAACCCUUCAGCCCGUUUCCAUGGCAACGCCCAUCUGCCCUUUUACACAAGCCCCUCCGUCUCUCAAGUAAUCCUGUAAGUUGGCUCUUCAUAUCCACUUUGACCUAUCAUCUCUUGUAUAUUUCUGUUUGUUUUUGGUGAAGGAGGGUGGGGGAACCCCUUUUGCUCUUUCUGGUACAAAAUAGAGUGAGACUAAGCAUUAACUUAAUAACCACAUUUAAGACUUGAAACACAUGCUACAUUUCUAUCACCUUCUGAGAGUUUAGCCGAGUCUCCUUAGCUUUGAUGAUUUGCUUCAGGUACCUCUCUUCCUUGGGUUGUAGAUUUUA